UCGCCAACUCCAAGGAGAAGUAUUGAGGCAGGGCCGACCGAGCACCGUUCGCCUCUUGCAUUUCCUUGGCAAAGUAUCCUGUUUUCCCUGCCACGGUCGAGAUGGCGCCGUUGUACAUGGUCGUUGUACAUGGCCAGGCUCUUCAUCAGCCAACUCGGACUCGUUCCAUCGAAGGGCCAUUGCAGACCGCUCAAGGCGUUGCGCAGACUGAGAACGAAGCUGCAGCGCGCCGUCAGAGAACGGAGAAACAGCCCACUCAGCCAUACAGUCACGUCAGCGCUUCCAACGCGCGCAGAAAUCUUAACCUCUCGGUUCUGCCAUCCGACGGGCUUGGCGAACCGGGGUGUCGCUACAAUGCUGGGAGAAUUCCGGUUGGGUUCCUACCUUUCUUUCGCCACCCCUCUAUCGCAGCCUGUCGCUGCCGCCCCCAAUGUUGACAAUCCAGAGAACGGAUUGCAAGCGCAAGUGGACGAGUUUCGUGAGGCGUUGCCAAGGAUUGUCGAGAACAUGGUCGGCGACAAGAUCGCGCCGCUUCUUCUGUCGAUUGAGCAGUUGAAGCAGGAGGUUACCUCUAUGAAGCAGUUUCUCGAGGAGCGGCCUCUUUGGUGCCCGCUUCAGCAAUAAGUCCACAAGCGGUCAUGGUGCAAGGCCUGAGGAAUGGACUAUAGAGAUGGGAAGGAAGGAUAAAACAUUUCUGUGGUUGUGUAACACAUGAUUGGACUGGGUCGAGGAGGCAUCCUCGAAUACUACAAUGUGUUCAUGAGCGGUUUUUCUGAUGCUUUUCUCUCUCUCUUCGGGGCUUUCGGUUUUCUCUCUUGUCCUGCAGACCACUAGCUGUAAAUCGGCAGGGAACGGGGUUUUAGUCUUGGGGCAUUUCAGUAGAUUGCGAUUCCCUUGGCUCCUGCUGUCCCCUUUAGUUCC